GCGAGCCGGUUCCCGGGUCCCGGCAGCGAGGCGGGGCCUGCCCGGCUGCCGCGGCCCCGGAGCGGGGUGGGCUGCGCCCGGGGGAAGUGCUGAGUAACCCGCGCUAAAGCCGUUCCCCGGCCCGGGCCGCGGGGUCGAGGUGGGGUCUGCCCGUGAGAUGUGCCGAGGACGCGGAGGGAGGCUCCCCUCCCCUGCGGGGUCAGGCGGGGCAGCGCGGUGCACGCAGGGGGGGCCUUGGCCGACCUCUGGGGGAGCAGCGAGCUCCCUGCCCUGCUCCUCUCCUUGGCCAGCGCAGACACGCGUGGUCGGGGUUGGUUUUCCAGCCCGUGUCCUGGGCAGUGGUUCUCCAGGGCUGAGGGUGCGAUGUGGCGUGGGCAGGAUGCGCUCGAGUUCAGCGACAGGGUCACCUGUGCUGGGGCGAGCUGCUGCUGAGGAGAGGUGAUGUGAGACGUGAAAGUCGGUGGGAUCUUUGCUUGGUAAAGGGAAUACUUACGGGGUCUGCUAUAGACAGUUCUCUAAAGUCCCCAGGCUCGACUAUAAUAGUGGUUGUUACUACGGCAGCAUACUAGUCACGUGAUUACACUUCACAUGGUUUGGGAUUUGGGGUCUUGAGUACCUUCCCCAUUAACUCCGAAAAUCUCUUUCCUCACCAUCUCUUCCCUUCCAGUCCCAGACUGUGCCCUCAACCUUCUUGGGCUGGACACAUGCUGAAUCCCUCUCCCCUGCCCUCCAGGACCAGUUAGUUCACUGUGCAGUGAGAUGAAGGAGCACCUCAAGCCUUGGUCUGCUUCCUUGCCUGUGCUCCCGGCUCUCUUGGCUCAGAGGCUACAGACAGCGAAAAAAUCUUAAACAUUAACUCUUGAAUGGAGCUGCAUUUGUCACCACUUGACCCAGCCCCCAAUAUUAUUAUAGGAAGCUGUUCCCAUGGCGUGUGGGGAAUGCAGCGUUUCAGCACGUGGUCAAGAUCUGGCACGCAAGGACAUCAGCCCUUUCCAACACAGAGAACUGAAGUGCAGAUAGCAGAACCCAGCUGCGGGGUGAACCAUGAUUCCUGUCACUGAACUGCGCUAUUUUGCUGACACUCAGCCAGCAUACCGCAUCCUGAAGCCAUGGUGGGAUGUCUUCACAGACUAUAUUUCUAUAGUCAUGCUGAUGAUUGCAGUGUUUGGAGGGACGCUUCAGGUCACCCAGGACAAAAUGAUCUGCUUGCCCUGUAAAUGGGUUACCAAAGACUCCUGCAAUGACUCCUUCAGAGGUUGGACAGCUGCAGCCCCAGAAUCCACUUACUAUAAUUCUAGUCUUGUCCAACCUGCAGACACAGGGCCCACAGGAAUAAAAUAUGAUCUGGACCGGCACCAGUAUAACUACGUGGAUGCGGUGUGUUAUGAGAACCGCCUUCAUUGGUUUGCCAAGUAUUUUCCUUAUCUGGUGCUGCUACACACUCUCAUCUUCCUGGCCUGUAGCAACUUCUGGUUCAAGUUUCCACGGACGAGCUCUAAGCUGGAGCAUUUUGUGUCUAUUCUGCUGAAGUGCUUUGACUCUCCUUGGACAACAAGGGCUCUGUCUGAGACGGUGGUAGAGGAGAGUGAUACCAAGCCAGCCUUUGGGAAGAUGAAUGGUUCCAUGGACAAGAAAUCUUCUACAGUCAGUGAGGAUGUGGAAGCCACCGUCCCCAUGCUGCAAAGAACAAAGUCUCGAAUUGAGCAAGGAAUUGUGGAUCGGUCUGAUACGGGCGUCUUGGACAAGAAGGAAGGGGAACAAGCCAAAGCACUGUUCGAGAAAGUGAAAAAGUUCCGCACGCAUGUGGAAGAGGGAGACAUUGUCUAUCGCCUCUACAUGAGACAAACCAUCAUCAAAGUGAUCAAGUUUAUACUGAUCAUCUGCUACACUGUCUAUUACGUCAACAACAUCACGUUCAAUGUUGACUGCAAGGUGGACAUUGAGAGCCUGACUGGGUACCGCAUGUAUCGCUGUGCUCAUCCUCUUGCCACUCUCUUUAAAAUCCUAGCCUCUUUCUAUAUCAGCCUGGUGAUCUUCUAUGGUCUGAUUUGCAUGUACACGCUCUGGUGGAUGCUGAGACGAUCCCUCAAGAAAUACUCCUUUGAGUCCAUCCGAGAGGAAAGCAGCUAUAGUGACAUCCCAGAUGUAAAGAAUGACUUUGCUUUCAUGCUGCACCUAAUCGACCAGUAUGACCCACUUUACUCUAAGCGCUUUGCUGUCUUUCUGUCUGAGGUGAGUGAGAACAAAUUGCGGCAGCUGAAUCUCAACAACGAGUGGACCUUGGAGAAGCUGCGCCAGAGGAUCACUAAGAAUUCCCAGGACAAGUUAGAGCUGCAUCUCUUCAUGCUGAGUGGCAUCCCUGAUACUGUCUUUGACCUUAUUGAGCUGGAGGUCCUGAAGCUGGAGCUCAUCCCUGAUGUUACUAUCCCACCAAGCAUUGCUCAGCUCACUAGCCUUAAGGAGCUGUGGCUCUACCACACAGCUGCCAAAAUUGAGGCUCCAGCCCUUGCCUUCCUGAGAGAGAACUUGAAGUCCUUGCACAUUAAGUUCACGGACAUCAAGGAAAUUCCUCUGUGGAUUUAUAGCCUCAAGACCUUGGAAGAGCUCCACCUGACGGGGAACCUGAGUGCAGAGAACAAUCGGUACAUUGUGAUAGAUGGCCUGAGGGAGUUAAAGCGACUUAAGGUGCUGAGGCUGAAGAGCAACCUCACCAAGUUGCCACAGGUGGUGACAGAUGUUGGCGUGCACCUCCAGAAACUUUCCAUCAACAAUGAGGGCACCAAGCUCAUUGUCCUCAACAGCCUUAAGAAGAUGGUCAAUCUGACAGAGCUGGAGCUGAUCCGCUGUGACCUGGAACGUAUUCCCCAUUCCAUCUUCAGUCUCCACAAUCUCCAGGAGAUUGACCUGAAAGAUAAUAACCUUAAGACUAUCGAGGAGAUCAUCAGCUUCCAGCAUCUGCACCGUCUCACUUGCCUUAAACUGUGGUAUAACCACAUUGCCUACAUCCCUGUGCAAAUUGGCAACCUCACCAACCUGGAGCGCCUUUAUCUGAAUCGCAACAAAAUAGAGAAGAUCCCCAACCAGCUCUUUUAUUGCCGAAAGCUGCGAUACUUAGAUCUCAGCCACAAUAACUUAACUUCGAUCCCAGCAGACAUUGGGAUACUGCAGAAUCUGCAGAACCUAGCAGUUACAGCCAACAGGAUUGAGAGUCUCCCACCUGAACUGUUCCAGUGCAAGAAGCUGCGAACCUUGAACCUGGGGAACAAUGUGUUGCAAUCGCUGCCUUCUCGGGUGGGUGAGCUGACAAACUUGUCACAGAUAGAGCUGCGAGGCAACCGUCUGGAGUGCCUGCCAGUGGAGCUGGGAGAGUGUCCUCUGCUGAAGCGCAGUGGGCUUGUGGUAGAGGAGGACCUAUUCAACACCCUACCCCUGGAGGUUAAGGAGCGGCUGUGGAGGGCAGACAAGGAGCAAGCAUGAGCCUUGGAAAGGAAAGGAGGGGGAGACCUCUGACCAAGAAGACAGGAAACAAAAGGCCAUUCCAUUCCAGCCCUUUUCCCAAAAUCCCCCAGCCAAUAUCAUACUAGCCGUGGAGUCCCUGAAUAACUAUCAUGACUCUGAAUGAGGCCAGUUGCUGCCUCGGCUGCAGGAUGGGGGAAGUUCGGGAUCCUGGUGAGGACCGAGGCAGAGUGAGCAGCUCCUCUGUAUUGGACAGUGGGGAAAAGAGGUGCUGCUGUUCUGCAGGACAGGAAGUGUGGGUAAUGCUAGUGCUGCCAUGGAGUUGCUCAGAACUGCUGGUGGAACCAACUUCCAAGUCCAAAGGGGAAUUGCUUCUGAAUGGAGGAGAGAAAUUAACUGAUUGCUGGGUUGCCCUCAAUAGGGCACUGACACGCAUGUCAGGAACUGAGGACAUCCAAGUGCUCUACAAUCAAAGGAUAACGGUCCAGGAAGUCUCUUGAACCUCCAGUGCUACUUUGCUGUGACACUUGGUACAGUUCCACACUAACUUGCUGAUUCAAUCAGUUGGGGCUUCAUUAGGGGGGAGGGAAGGGGACAGCUGCCUUUUUUUUUUUUUUAAUUUAGAUGCUGGCAUUAUUUUUGGUAACUUUACCUCAAAGGUCAACUUGGAUUCAGGAUUUUUUUUAUACAUUAUGUUCAUCUUUCACCUAGUUUCCAACACUGAUGUGAGGCUGCACUGUCUUUCCAGCUCCCAGUCCUUUGUCCUGACAAGUAGAUCACACUGUCUCCUUUCCUAGAUGGUUUUGCAGGAGAUGCUCCUUGGAUUGGCAGUUCCAAAGUGUUAUUCAGAUUGGGUUGUGUAUACUCUGAGUUCUGGUUAUGUGGCAUAAAUGGGAUGGCAAGGAUGCAGUUCAGUUCAAUUCAUAAAAGGCUGGAAAAUGCAUAAAAUGCAUAAAAAAACAGUACAACUGUCUAACUCUGCUGGAAGCACUGAGUUACUUCAAGACUUUUUGCUUUUAAAGCUUCUUUUUUUUUGGUUUUGUUUUUGGUUUUUUAAUCUACUUUUUUAACUUCUCUUUCUCCUCCUCCUCCACCUCUUCUCUUCCCCCCCCCCCCCAUUUUGCAGUUUGUCUGGGUAGUAAACACAUGUGUGCAUGCACACUCACUUGCUCACUUGGCCAGUGCUAAGUAUCACUCAGCUGGGGUUGGUGGUGCCUGUAACGGAAAAGAGUAUUCAACUUUCCUCUCCACUUGCCCCACCCUUGCAGGAGACUUUUUUUUUUGAGAUUCUGCCAGUGUCUUUCAUGAGUGCAUAAACUACGGAGAUGCCUGCUUUUAAUGAUCUGUUCUUGAUUUUAGCAGCUGUUGGUUCCUGUUACACCUCUUAGCCUAAAUGGCAAGAGGCUAAUGCUGACUAAACCUAGUGUAUGAAAGGGUAGUCCUGUUCAAUUUCCUUCCCUCCAUCCCUUCCUUUUCCUCCCUGUGUGAAGGAACAGUAUAAGGAUCCUCCAUGAAUCUGCCAUCUUCCAGAUCCCUGACUGGGAGAGAAUCUUUUGAAACAAGUUCAACCUGUAUUACUGUUCAGCACAAUUCCUUCUGCAUUUGCAGAGGUAGACACAGCUUAGUAACAGCAACUGAUAAUCAUGUCCUCAAAACAAGCUACUUGGAUAGCAGCUUGCAUUUCUACAGUACACUCCAAAGCCACCCUCAUCUUUAGUAGGGAGCGAAGGCCCAUGGCCCCUACAGUCCUGGUGUUUGGUUCUACCUAGGUCCAAAUAGCUGGACUGCUGAGAUUGGGCACUGCAUACUGGCCUCACCUGCAUAUUAAAACAGUGGCUACAGUGUCCAUAUAGGAUUCCUGGCAAACUACCAGUGAAGCCUGAAUUGGGCAACGCAUGGAUGUCUUCUGCCUCAGAUGUUUUGAGCAAUGCGGCAUACUACAGCUUUUUUUUUUCCUGUAUCAGAUGUAAUCUACAACAUAUAAACACUAGAAAUGCUGGAACCAUGAAACAAUCUGUUAACUAGGCUCUGGAUUUGUUGAUUAGAUGUUUAAAUAAAGCUAUAUUUAACCUAGGAACUCUGUUUAUAGAAACACUUUUACGAAAGGCAUACAUUCUGCCUUCCUUACUUUGGUUUAUCAUGAAAAAAAUCGAACAACCCAAAAGAAUAACAUGGUCAGCCCUUGCUUGGACAGUUUCCUGGCUUCUACUUUGUCCAGAGAGAAGGUGCUACAAAAAAAAAAAUCUCUUCUUCUGGAUGAUAGACUUUCACUUCUAACACAUUAGUUUAUGCUGAAGUCAUGCCAGGAGUGGGGAUGGUGCUGAAAGGGUGAGGAAAGGCUUUACUUGCACCAAAAUACACUGCUUCAGAGCAAACUGGGGCUUGGAAGUACUGGUGCUGGUACUUCUUGGGCAGGUACUUACCCUAGUCAUGCUAAUGUUUUGGAUUAAGGAGGAGUGCAGAAAACCUGCUGCAAUGAAUUUAAGUCCAUUUGCUUAGACUGAGCUGCCACAGACAGAGUUACAGAAUGACUUUGAAUUACCUCCUUAUAGACAAGGACCUCUUGGAUGGGGAGAAAAGUUUCUUCCCCACUUUGUGCCAAAUGAAGUGAUGGAAUGUAGUGUUUGCAAAGCUUUAUUGAGUGCUAAGUCAGUUCUGGGACUCUGAUUAGGACCCCAUCUCUGCUAAAGCAGUUGGGGAAUAUGGUUGUAGGACAACCUAAAAGCUGUAUCCUGGACAGGACUAAAUUAGGCAUUAGAUCUUGCAGUUUUAAGCUUGCAUUAGAACAGGGGUGGGUUUCUUUGCUCCCCUUAACUCUUGUACCUGGGCUCUCUAAUUCUUUUGGCUGUAUGUUCAGUGGCCUCUUAGUUGUAUAGAACAGCAUUUCAUAUAACUAGGCCUGAGGUAUCUGUAGAAGCAGUCAGUAUGACUUACAGAAAGUAUGCUUCAAGAUUGGUAGAAAUCUGCAAGUCUCUUGCUGUACAGCAUAGUGCUUAAUUCAUCCUUCUAGAAAUGGAAGUCUUUUUUAAAGCAAAAAAAUAGACCCUUAUUUACUAACUGCUCAAUGAGAAAAAAAUAUUUGCCCUACAUUGUAUCCAGCGCUAUCAAGCAACUGUAAGACAGGUCAGUAUUGAUUAUGCAUGGAAACACUAGCUUUUAGCUGCUGCUUGAAUAUUCAAGCCCAGUAUUUCAAUCAGGGCUGCUACAGAUACAAGCUUAGAUAGCUCUCCCAUAUGGCAAAAUCAGAAUGAAUAGAGGUUUUGAAAACUUGUUUUACUGGAAACCAAGGCUAUAUUUAAAUACAAAACACCUUGCAAGAAAGCUCCAUGUAUUAUGUACACUAAAUGUGAAUUAAUGAAUUGGCUGAGAUGUAGUUUUUCUCUUCCCUCCAGCAGAAAUGGUAUCGGAAGAUCAGGUCACACUAAGUGAGGUGAUGAAGGCUUCAGAAAAUAUCAAGCAUAGGGUCAAAACUAAGAGGUGCUGAGCACUCUCAGCUGCUCAUUCCUUCUCUAGAACUUGACCUGUAUGUAGCAGGGUAAGUCGAUCGUUCCCUGUUUUCUCUUGGCCACUCGACCCUUGAGUGGUACAGCUCCUUUGCACAGCUCCUCUCCUAUUCAUAACCUACUCAGUCAUAGCUUAUCUUUUCCAGGGGCUGUCAAGCUGAAGCUAAGCUUGGCUGACACUGGCCAGUACACUCUGAGGAAAACUGUUCAGGGUAAACGGACCGUCAUCAAGGGCCUCAUCAGUGUUUUGUCUCCUCUUCCUGGCAGUGGCAGAUGAUCUGUGUUAGCUGCUUAAACCAUAGAACAACUUUAACUCAAGCCAAAUUUCUCCUAACCACGCAACUGUGUCAACUGCGUGCCACGGUAGAUCUCGGGCAGAGCCGUGCCAUGUUAGGAGCCAAAGUGCUAAGCUUUUUAGUGAACAGAGUUCUAGUUUACAUGGUAGGUGGCCACAGUAUUUAAGUUGCAAUUAAUUCAUUUGAAUCAACUUUCGUAAUGGGAAUUGAAUCUGUUAAGUGUGUUGAAUCUCACUGUACUUUGAAACUAUGCACUGGAAUGUUGUUAGAUUUUUUUUUUCCUGCUAAUUACCGGUUGGUUUAUAGUUAACUCAGCAGCUGGAACUAAUUUACUAUGCCAGUCUAAACUGUUACACAGCUGUUGCAAGUAUUCAUUAUGUGUUUCUAUUUUGUAUUAAUUUUGUCACUCCCCUAAAACAUCCUACCUCAGUACCUUUUUCUCUUAUCACCUGUCCUGUGCUCCAUUUAACUCACUUUCCAUUCAACUUUAAUUAAACCAAACUCUCAGUGUUUAUCAGCAUGGAUAAUAUUAUAAAGUAACUUUUUUGUUUCGGAACCACAUUACAGUCCUCUGUUUUUGUUCAAACAGAAAAGAAUAGGGAAUCUGAAAGCAGCAACAUGUCCUACAUGUUUUGCAUUGGAUGAGGUAUGUGAAAAACAGGCUCAUGUUUUACUGGAUUCGGUGAGAUUUGAGGUAUUUAUAAAAGGGAAGAGAUUUUGCAUCAUUUUGUUCAUUUCCUUUCAGUGAAUAAAUCUUUCAAAAUUUCCAUUAUGUCUUUGAUCCCCAAACUCUUCUGAAUCUCUGCAGAGUAAGGAUGGGUCGUUCUUGUGCAGGAGAUGGAGUGCUUGCUUUACAGAUGCAUUAAAGUGAUUUCUCCGCUGAAGAGUUUACAGGCUGUGUUAAUUGCACUAAAAAGAGUAAAGCCAGCUAUUCUCCUGAUUUUUUUUUCUAAAUUUUUUUUCACCCUAUUUUCAGUCAAUGAAAGAACUAUCAAAUGCUGGCAUGCUGUUCUCUUCAGCAAAGAACAACAUGUUGUACCUUAAAUUGUAGCAUCAUCUAGUUUGGGAUGCUAGUGCUUGAAGAGUGGUUGAAGAGAUGUUACUAUUGCUCAUAAUUAUCAUUUCCAUUUCCAUUUUGAAGCCUUAAAACAUUUCUAAAUUUUAAUUUGACAUUUGAGGUAUUUGGUUAUAUAGUGGACUCUACAGACUUUGCAUUUAGGAUUUCUAGAAAUGCACUUUUCCCUUUCACCCCUAUGUUUUCAGAAACCUGUAUGAACUGGGUAGCUGUGUUAAUCUCCCUUGUUUAGAGGAAACUUGUGGGGUUUGUGAAGAGAAGUCUCACAGGCCUGAGACUGGGCAGUCAUCUUGUACCACUGCCAUGCAUCUCUUUCCUCAAGACAUUACUCGCGGUGUAAACACUAUUCACUCCCUACUGCAUUGACAGGAUUGUGGCUUGGUGCGUGCGUGUGUUACUCACACCUUAAUGUAACAUUUCAGAAUCAUGAAAUUAAACUCUAAAUGUUGGAUUAUGUUUGGGCAAGUGACCAACAGCACCUCAAAUACUGAAGGCUGCUAUGUUUUCUUUGAAAGACUUGUAAGACUGGACAUCUUAAUAGAAUAAAAGUUUUAAUUUCUCUUUUC